GCAGCAACGCGUGGCGUGCAUUUUACAGUGAAGGAUCGCAGGCGUGGAACUCAACCUGGAUGAACAACGCUAAAAAAAAGCACCCGGGCUUUUAAAAAGAAAACAAGGGGCAACCUACGCCUGCUGCAAAAUGCUGGUCUUGUUUGAGACCGCUGCAGGCUAUGCCAUUUUUAAAGUUCUUGAUGAAUCCAAACUGCAGCAGGUCGACAGUUUGUACAAGGAGUUUGAGACUCCUGAAAAGGCAAAUAAAAUUGUGAAACUGAAGCACUUUGAGAAGUUCCAGGAUACAACUGAGGCCUUGGCAGCUGCCACUGCUCUUGUUGAGGGUAAAAUUGGUAAAAGUUUGAAGAAGGUGCUGAAGAAGGUGGUUGCCAAAGAGGCUCAUGAGCAGCUGGCCAUCAGCGAUGCAAAACUCGGUGGUGUCAUCAAAGAAAAACUGGAUUUGAGUUGCAUCCACAGCCCUGCUGUUGCCGAACUCAUGAGGUGCAUCAGGAGCCAGAUGGAGGGCCUAAUCUCAGGUCUUCCGCCCAGAGAGAUAAGCGCCAUGUCCCUAGGCUUGGCUCACAGUCUGUCCCGCUACAAGCUGAAGUUCAGCCCCGACAAGGUGGACACCAUGAUUGUGCAGGCUAUAUCGCUGUUGGAUGACUUGGACAAGGAGCUGAACAAUUACAUCAUGCGCUGCAGAGAGUGGUACGGUUGGCAUUUCCCCGAGCUCGGGAAGGUUAUCACCGACAACUUGGCGUACUGCAAGACUGUCUGUAAAAUUGGGGACCGCACCAACGUGGCCACCAGCGACCUAUCGGACCUGCUCCCUGAGGAAAUCGAGGCGGAGGUGAAGCUGGCAGCAGAGAUCUCCAUGGGAACCGAAGUGUCUGAGCAGGAUAUCAGUAACAUCCGGCACCUGUGCGAGCAGGUGAUUGAAAUCUCAGAGUACCGCACUCAGCUGUAUGACUACCUGAAGAACCGGAUGAUGGCGAUCGCCCCCAAUCUGACAGUGAUGGUGGGCGAGUUGGUUGGUGCUCGUCUCAUCUCGCAUGCCGGUUCACUAUUGAAUCUGGCAAAGCACCCUGCCUCGACAGUACAGAUUCUGGGGGCAGAGAAGGCACUGUUCCGAGCGCUCAAAACCCGCAAGGACACACCCAAGUACGGUCUCAUCUACCACGCCUCUCUUGUGGGCCAGACCACUGCCAAGAACAAGGGCAAGAUCUCAAGAAUGCUGGCAGCCAAAACGUCCCUCGCCAUCCGUUACGAUGCCCUUGGAGAAGACACAAAUGCAGAAAUGGGUGUGGAGAAUCGAGCCAAGCUCGAGGCCAGGUUACGGCAGUUGGAGGAGAGAGGAAUUCGAAGAAUCAGUGGAACAGGAAAAGCAAUGGCCAAGGCAGACAAAUAUCAACACAAAAGUGAAGUGAAACAAUAUGACCCGUGCGGGGAUUCUACGAUACCCUCCACUUCAAAGAAGAGGAAGUUUGAAGACAUGGAAGAGAAAGCGGAAAAAGAGCCUUCAACGCCUGUGGUGAAAGCAAAAAAGACCAAAAAGGAACCAGCAGCAGAGGAAGUAGAAGGCGAAACAUCCACAGCUGCGACUGAAGAGCCCCCCAAGAAAAAGAAGAAAAAGAUGAAAGAUACUGCUGAGGAGCCAAAAGAGGAGGAAGCAAGUGUUGUGGUGGAAGAGCCAGCAGAGAAGAAGAAAAAGAAGAAAAAGAAGAUCAAGGAGGAGGAGGAGGAAGACUUUACAAUAAUGUCGCAGUUGCAAGCGAGGUUUUACACAGAAAACCCAAGGUAUGUAAUAGAUGAUGUUCCAUUCUCCAUCCCAGCCACUUCUGAAGUCCAUGAUCUCAGCAAUGUCAUCAAUAAGCUGCUGGAGGCCAAAAAUGGAUCUCAUACCAAGGUGGACUUCGACUUCCUGGUCAGGGGUCAGUUCCUACGAACGUCACUGUUGAGUCACAUGGAAGCAGAAGACAUAUCAACGGAAGAUGUUGUGGAGAUUGAGUAUGUGGAGCGGAUCACAGCGCCAGAACCUGAGGAGUGCAUGAUGCACGACGACUGGAUUAGUUCUGUAGAUGCAGAUACUGAAUGGAUCCUGACUGGGUCUUAUGACAAAACCGCCAGUAUCUGGUCCUUGGGGGGCAAGGCUAUGAAAAAAGUGGUUGGACACACAGAUGUGGUCAAAGAUGUCGCCUGGGUUAAGAAGAACGGCCUGACUUCUCUACUUCUGACCGCCUCGCUUGACCAAACCGUCCUGUUGUGGGAGUGGAACUCUGAGAAGAACAAUGUGGUGGCCAGGCACUGCUGCCGGGGACACACGGGGAGCGUUGACACGGUCGCCACGGACCCCAGUGGUUCAAAGUUCUGCAGUGGCUCCUGGGACAAAAUGUUGAAGAUAUGGUCAGCAGUUCCCUCUGAAGAGGCAGACGAGGUUGAGGAGCCUGCUGACAGGCCGAGGAAGAAACAGAAGACCCAGCAGCUGGGCCUUACUAGAACACCUCUUAUGACAUUAUCUGGGCACAAUGAGGCUGUAUCCUCAGUGCUGUGGUGUGAUGGUGAGGAGGUUUGCAGUGCAUCCUGGGACCACACAAUCCGUUUGUGGGAUGUGGAGACGGGAGAGAUGAAGACAACCCUGACAGGAAGUAAAGUGUUCAACAGCAUUUCCUACUCGCCUUUGUGUCGUCGGCUAGCGUCCGGCAGCACUGACAGACACAUCAGGCUGUGGGACCCUCGCACGAAAGAUGGUUCACUGGUGCUACUGGCACUAACCUCCCACUUUGGCUGGGUCACCGCUGUCAAGUGGUCUCCAUCACACGAGCACAAGUUGGUUUCCGGAUCCCUGGACAACUUUGUCAAACUGUGGGACACCAGAAGCUGCAAAGCUCCUCUGUAUGACCUGGCAGCCCAUGAAGAUAAAGUGUUCUGUGUGGACUGGACAGAAAGUGGGCUGAUGUUAAGUGGGGGAGCAGAUAACAAAUUGUACACCUACAGAUACUCAGCUUGUCCGACUGACGCAGGAGCAUAGUCUCAACAGAGAUCCUAUGCCGUCAGAAUCUUAUCCUGCACAAAUGCCUUUUGUGACUUUUGUCUGUUGUUUUAUUUUUAUUUUUUUUUUACAUGUUGUUAAGGGGGACUAUUCUCAUGUAAUUUCCC